GGUGCGGGCGGCUCCAGGGCGCGCGGAGACAUGGUGGGCGGCAGGAUCUGCGGGCUGUCCGUCCGCGACGUGCGCUUCCCCACGUCGCUCGGGGGCCACGGCUCGGACGCCAUGCACACAGACCCCGACUACUCGGCUGCCUAUGUCAUCUUAGAGACCGAUGUGGGAGACGGACUCAAGGGGUACGGAAUUACCUUCACUCUGGGAAGAGGCACUGAAGUUGUUGUCUGUGCUGUGAAUGCCCUGGCCCACCAUGUGCUUAGCAAGGACCUCAGGGACAUUGUUGGUGACUUCAGAGGCUUCUACAGGCAGCUCACGAGUGACGGGCAGCUCAGAUGGAUCGGUCCUGAGAAAGGUGCUGUGCAUCUGGCUACGGCGGCCGUCCUCAAUGCUGUGUGGGACCUGUGGGCAAAGCAGGAGGGCAAGCCUCUGUGGAAGUUACUUGUUGACAUGGACCCCAGGACGCUGUUAUCCUGCAUAGAUUUCAGAUACAUCACCGAUGUCCUGACUGAGGAGGAAGCCUUUGAAAUACUGCAGAAAGGUCAAGUUGGUAAAAAAGAAAGAGAAGAGCAAAUGCUGAUGCAUGGCUACCCUGCCUACACCACAUCGUGUGCCUGGCUGGGGUACUCGGAUGACAUGCUGAAGCAGCUCUGCACCGAGGCUCUGAAGGAUGGCUGGACCAGGUUCAAGGUAAAAGUCGGUGCUGAUCUCCAGGAUGACAUCCGCAGAUGCCGACUCAUCAGAGACAUGAUCGGACCCGAGAAGAUUCUGAUGAUGGAUGCCAACCAGCGCUGGGAUGUGCCCGAGGCCGUGGAGUGGAUGUCAAAGCUUGCUGAGUUCAAGCCGCUGUGGAUUGAGGAGCCAACCUCCCCUGAUGACAUUCUGGGACAUGCCACCAUCUCCAAGGCCUUGGUCCCAUUAGGAAUUGGCGUUGCCACUGGAGAACAGUGCCACAAUAGAGUGAUAUUUAAGCAACUCCUCCAGGCGAAAGCCCUGCAGUUUCUCCAGAUUGACAGCUGCAGGCUGGGAAGUGUCAAUGAGAACCUCUCAGUGUUGCUGAUGGCCAAAAAGUUUGAAAUUCCUGUUUGCCCCCAUGCGGGUGGAGUUGGCCUCUGUGAAUUGGUACAGCACCUGAUCAUAUUUGACUUCAUAUCAGUCUCUGCAAGCCUUAAAAACAGGAUGUGUGAAUAUGUCGACCAUCUGCACGAACAUUUCCGGUAUCCUGUGAUAAUCAAGAAGGCUUCCUACAUGCCUCCUAAGGAUGCUGGUUAUUCCACAGAAAUGAAGACAGACUCUGUACAGAAGCACCAAUAUCCGGACGGUGACGUCUGGAAGAAACUCCUUGCUGCUCAAGGGAAUUAAAUGUUCAGCCCUAAUACCUUUUUCUUUUUUCAUUGAAAAGGCUUAAAAUUUUUUGGGUGUGGUUUUACAAAAAUAGGAAAAAACAAGAUUCUACUUGUCAAAACAAGUUCAGCUGAAAGUCAUAUUAACCUCAGGCAUCAGCUCAGUAACUGUUACUUCAUUCUUUCUUUAAACAAAUACACACAGUUGCUCCUACUUAAUCCUUAAACAAAUUCAGAUUUAACUAACUCCAAGUCCAGGAAGAUGUUCUUAAACAUUUCUGUUAAGCACUGGUGCCAGACAUUAAACUGUACUCUGAAAAUAA